AUGGUUGGGCGGUGCGGGUUCAUGGGGUGCUGCCUCCCUGACCGGCACACUGGCCUGUGCCAGCCGCGUGCUUUAUCGCGGCGUAUCGGUCGCAACAGCAACAAAGCGCGCCGCAACAUACUCAUCCGCAUCCCCUGCCGCAAGCUCAAGCCGCCGGGCCCGAAGAAGAGGGUGCCGGUGGGUCCGCAGCACCAGGUGGAUGUCCCCGAGUUUAACCCACAGCACCUGGAUGUCCUUCCCUUUUGCGCCGCGGCGAACGAUCGGGAUCAGCGCGUCGCCAUGACGACCUUCUCCGAGGUGGAGGCGGUAUUCCGGGCGGAGAAGGAGGCGGCGCUGGCAUGGGAGGCGAGGAAGCUGGCGGCAACGCGAGCGGCUGGCGAGAGUGCCUCUGCAUCCGGCCUCGAUGAAGCGCCGUUACUACUCCAGCCGCUCGACACGAACGCCAUGCUCACGCCGCAGAAAACGGCGGCGACGGUCUUCGCCACCGUCGUCUCUGCCGGCCCGCCGCAGCCCAUUACCAAGAAGUCGGUGUCGGCCGCUCCAGCGCCGGCGGUGCGGGCGACGCUCCGGAGCGCACUGCUCACGCGUAACGGCUCGCGGAGCAAGGGCUGAGGGACGCGCGCAACUCGGGGCGACGUGCUGCUAGGAUGCUGCAGGUCCUGGAUCUCUUGCUCGCGCGAGCGUGUCUCCGUGUGCAUCACACACCCUGGAGUUCUCUUCACCGCCCCCACACUUAGGGGACCCCUAGGCUUAAAAGGGUGGGCCCUGGGGCGCCUGCGGCUUAAACGGCUUAAAACCGGCCAUGGCCGGUUUUAAGAGCUGCUGGGCCGCCAAUUCCUUAAACGGGCUUAAACACUU